AUGGCAAUGUCUUGGACACGAGCAUUGAAGCAUGGAGUUACUCCAAGGGAUGCAGCUCAACUGGUCGGGAUAAGAGGCUUUGCAGCUCAGGCCAAGGGAAAGAAGGGUGGGAAAGGUGGUGCGGCUGAUGCUAAACCUGUGCUCAGCAAAGAAAUGAAGAGUACAACUGUGUUUGGGGCAAAUAUCCUGAAGGAGGGUUCUGACCCGAAGAUCCAACCAGAUUCGGAGUACCCUGACUGGCUGUGGCACCUGGUUGACAAGCGUCCUGUGCUGAGCGAGCUGCGGAGGAAAGAUGCCAAGACACUGCCUUAUGAAGACCUGAAGCGUUUCGUCAAGUUGGACAACCGGGCUAGGAUCAAGGAAAACAAUGCUCUCACUGCUAAGAACUGA